GCAUCUGCCUUACCACUCGUAACUGUACCAUGGUCAAUAAGAAGAUACAGCGUCAGAUAAACAUGGUGACAUGAACGGAACUGUUUCUCACUUAGCAGCUGAGAGUUUCGCGACAUGAGUGCUUCCGGUUGUAAAGAACGACAACAACUUUAAUUGGGUUAAAAGAUUAGAUAAGUGCCACAAGGCCUCGCACCGUGGCGUGUUCAUAAUACUUUAUCAUCUCAUUUUGGUAAAUAAAUAGCAUAGUGAUAAUAAUGUGAAUAGUAGUCGGGAAACAUCAGAUAUAUUGAAACCGAAAGCAAGACGAGGGCGUAUAUCUGUGAUCGUGCAGUUCUUUAGAAUUCCAUUCCAUAUAUAAUAAUAUCAUUGACGAGAAACUUAAAGACAUAUACAACUGUCAUCAAAAGAAUCUUUCAAUUUCACACUUCAAAUAGUCAGAUUUGACUGCUACAUCCACGCGUGGAAAUUGAUCAACGUUUAAGGCCUGAUAAGUACACACAAUGAUUACGAUGUACUUGCAAGUGUUUGGAAUUAUGGCGAUGUAUGUCGUGUCUUUAGUAGCUGGUGGUGAGCAAAUUCCGAAGAUCGCUCGAAAUAACGCUCUUGUUGUGCCAUACGGUAGGUCCGCAUGGCUUGACCCACAAGAGCAUUUGUUUAUUGAAGUUCCUAAGAGAUGUCGGUGUGAGGUCACCGUGGUUCGUGAUGAUCCACUUGCGGAGAGAACCGGUUAUUUAACACCGGAUGAAUUUUCUUGUCGAUUUUCCCAAGGCAAAGUAAAAUACGUCCACCUUGGUUCAAAAGCACCAAGUGAAGAUUUCGUGAAGUUGAGUGUCCGACUUGAUUGCCCGACCAGCACAUUUCUUCGUCGUAUUGCUUUGGAAGUAAACGUGAAUUUUGUGCCAAUGAAUAUAGUUCAGAUAAAAAAGGAUCUGAUCGUAAGUGAACCUGGCCGUGUCUCAUCAGCUAUCGACAGUCAAAUAUUGGAGUUUACUUACGAUCAACAAAGCACAAAAGAUUGUCGGAUAGUAAUUCGUGACUCAGAAAAAGGACUGCCUCGCUAUGGUGAGUUGCUCAAUGCCACAAUGGCUCUUAGAAAAAUGAUAAAUUGUACCGCUUUCCUUGCUGCGGAUGUACGCUACAAGCACACGAGAGGAGCUUUAUCGUCAAACAGAGACUACAUUCCCUUGCUGGUAGAAGUUCUUUUGGAAAAUGGCCAACGCGAGGUGGAACACUUUCAACUAGCUGUGAGGAUAAUGGGUGCAAGAAAAAACGAACGACCAAAGGCCUCUUUUCAGGCUUUAGAGUUAAUGUCAGUGGAUCAACAUGUCACAACGCUGAUCACCACCGAUGUUCUUGAUGCUGAAGAUAAAGAAACCAAUGCGGACUAUUUAAUAUUCAAUAUUACUAAGCCACUAAUCCCCGAGAAAGGUUACAUUGUUAACACUGAUGAUCUUUACACCCCAAUUACAUCCUUUUAUAGAAAGGACUUAAAGGAAUUGAAAAUUGCUUACAAGCCUCCGUCGAAAAUGAUCAAUUUUAGGCAAACCUUAGAGAUUUUGUUUGAAGUGAUCGAUGCAGAAGCACUGCAUUCUUUGCCUAUACGUUUGUUGAUUGAAGUUCGACCUAGAACCACGUUAGCUCCGAUAGUUACAAAAAACAAGGAACUUGUGCUUUUCGAGGGUCAAUCAAGAAUUAUCUCAUCACAAGGAAAUUUGGAAGUUAUCGAUAAGGAUAACAUAGAGGACGUGAAGGUUCAAGUUGUUGGCGGAUUACGUCAUGGUGAGUUGUAUGUGAAUGGUAAGGCAGCAAGUACUUUUACACCAGCUGACUUGGAUAAUGGAACUAUACUUUAUCAACAUGAUGAUUCAGAUACAUAUAGCGACAAUAUCAUAUUGAACGUCACUGAUGGAGAACACCACGUCGAAUUUGUAUUUGUGAUCAACAUCAUGAGUGUGGACGAUCAAAUGCCUAUUUUGGUGGCUAAUACUGGGUUAGAACUAAUAAAAGGCCAACAUGCAAUAAUUGACGAGCACUCUUUGAAAGCUUUUGAUGUCGAUUCUGAUACCAGCAAAAUAGAAUUUCUCGUCGGAUCUCAAUUGCAGCGCGGUGCAUACUGGGUAGAAGGAAUGGGUGAACCGGGUCUUCAAGCUGGACUUUUGAUGCUUCGGCAAACGGAAACACCAAAAAAUCCAGAUUUGUGGUGGAAUAGAGGGGCUCACUGGGUAAGAAGCAACAUCAAUUCUUUUACACAGGAGGAUAUACAGAAAAGAAGAUUGUAUUAUGUGCACUCUGGCACUGAAAUAUUCGAAGACAGAUUUUAUUUUCAAAUGACAGACAAUGCAGAAAAACCUAAUCAGUCUAGUCUAAAGGUUUUCAAAAUUUUCAUAAAACAACACGAUAAGAAGAGUCCAAAGUUAGAUACGGAUAGUACGUUGCUGCUUGAGGUUAGAAAUUCCAACUUGGUUAAACUCACAAGAAAAAUGAUAUGGUAUACAGAUGAGGAUUCGAAUGAUUUAGACCUUUUUUAUACAAUUGACAAAGCUCCUCACUUCCUGAAUUCAGGUGAAAAUGAAACAGCGGAUGCUGGACACAUUGUUUCCAGCGAUCAUCCCGAAAAAAUAUUGUCUACCUUUACACAAAGAAUGUUACGACACCACAAAGUGGCAUACAAACCACCAUCUGCACUUUACCGUCACACAGACAUUUACAUAAAGUUUCAUUUCACAGUUUAUGACCCAGCUCGUAAUAAUGUGACAAAGCAAAAAUUUUACAUUUUGCUUUCAGCUGAUGUAAGUCACACCGACCGUGAGAGAGUUUUUACUCUCUACUUUGAUAAUAAUGGAAAAGUGCUUUUACCUACGAAGCAGAACUUGAAAUGGCAGCAAUUUACUAUUGAUGCUUUGCCAGCAAGUGGAGCGCUGUACAAAAGUGGACGAAGACUUGACAUUUCUGAUAGCUUCACAAUUGAGGACAUCGAAAAUCAGAGAAUUCUCUUUGUACCACAAAAAACCAACAAUGACGGAUCAGAUCAGAUUAGAGUAAGGAAAUUCAAUGGAAAGAAAAUGGCAACUUUGCACAUUCAGGCGGCCUCGCAGCACAAAACGACGGACACACGUGCAAGAAACCAGCACCCACCCACAUUAGUAAGAAAUGCAGCAAUCAGCGUCGAGGAGGCGGGCUCAGCGUUCAUUACCAGCCAAGAGCUUCAUGCGAACGAUCCUGACUCAAACGAUUUGGAAUUGCUUUUUAUGGUAAAUUCACUUCCCACGCAAGGUCACAUAUUGGUCAACGGAAGCAUUGCAAACAGUUUUACACAAGAGGAUAUAAUGAAUAAUCUCGUAAUGUAUUUACACGACGCCCGGGAGAUAGGUGUGAAUGAAGCGCACGAUAACUUCAACUUAACCAUGACUGAUGAUCCUGAUGGUCUUUUGAUAAGCGAAUUCCACAGAGUUGCAAUCAAGUUCAGCGUGCGAAUCUCGCCUGUUGACGAUAAAAAACCGAUGAUCAAAGUCAACAGCUCUCUCGAAGUUUUGGAAGGCGAGAAGGCUCCUUUGACAACAGACAGACUGAUUAUCACUGAUGAAGAUACCGUACCCGAUGAUAUUGUGUGUAGUAUCGACGUUUUACCUGAGUAUGGAUAUUUCGAAAACAUCGCACCAUUGCCUGGAAUGGAACAGUCACAAGUCGGUAUUCCAAUAAUGAACUUUGUCGUCCGUGAUCUAAUAAGUCAAAGAAUCAAUUAUGUUCAAAAUAGACAUCGAGGAGUCGAACCAAAAUCAGAUAUGUUUGCGUUCUCUUGUUCUGACGGUCUAAAGGACUCAACGCGUCAUAUGAUGAUGAUUCAUAUUAGAGGACAAAAUGAUGAAAUUCCAGAAUUAUUUCUGAACAAAUUUCAGCUUGAAGAAGGUGGAAGAAAGACAAUUAGUUCCGUGUUAUUGAAUAUAGACGACGGUGAUGUUCCUAAAGACAUUUUGACUCUAAGAUUGCUGAAGUCACCAAAACAUGGUGACGUUUUAGACCAGUCAAAAACCCCUUCAGAGAGUAUACGUAGCUUUUCUUUUGAAAAAAUACGUCGAAAUGAAAUAGCUUACGUUCACGACGAUUCAGAAACCAACAGAGAUGUCUUAGCGUUUUUGCUUACGGACGGUAUUCAUGAAGUGAGAAAAGAUGUCGUCAUCAGCAUUCUUUCCAUCGAUGACGAAACGCCACGUCUCGUGACCAACAAUGGGAUGAUGCUGAGGAGCGUUGGCGAAACUCGAAUGGUAUCCUCACAAAUGCUGCUUGCAGAAGAUGACGAUUCUGACAAUUUUAACUUGACUUAUAAAUUGCGAAAGAUUCCGGAAAAAUCACAGUUGAUGCUUUAUGGACAAAAUACUCUUCCUCGUAAUCUGACCAAAGGAUCAAAAUUCAAACAAAGUGAUAUUAAUCGUGGGUUGUUGUUUUAUACAGAUAUGUCUUUGUUUCCUUCUACACAAAAAGAAAUAAUUUUUGACGUGACAGAUGGCAGGAACACUUUGGUCAAUCAAGUGUUUUAUAUAUAUUUCAAACCCAAAGAUAAAGUCCACCCAGUCGUAAUAAGCAAAGGAAUCAAUCUGAAGAAAGGCACAUCAAUUACUUUAACUACCAAUGUCAUAACAAGUACAGACGUGGACAGUCCUGACGAAAAACUUGAGUACUACAUCACUCAGCCUCCAAAAAAGGGAAUAAUUGCAAUGGCUGGUAGACCAACCGUUCCUAUUAGCAACUUCACUCAAGUCCAUUUAGCCGGUCUUAUGGUCAAGUACGUUCACACGAGUGAGGACGGCAGUAAUAUGGACAGCUUUCAAUUUGAAGUGAGCGAUGGUCGUCAUCAAGUGUUGAGGAAGUUUUACAUUUCGCUUGUAGAUGGCGACAACACACGAUCGACAAUCAAGUACAAUACGUUAACUUUGCUUGAAGGAGAGACAAAGGAAUUGACAUCAUUUGAGCUGCAAGCGCUAGAUCCAGACAACGCACCAAAUACUCUUGUUUACACCAUAACUCAAAUUCCUGUGAACGGCUUCAUCAAUAAAUUUGGUAAACCUGUCAUGACGUUUACACAGGAGGAUGUAAAUAACAACCUUAUAAGUUAUCAACACGACGGUUCGGACACAACCACUGAUUCAUUUUCAUUCACACUAUCUGAUGGCACGCAUUUGGACUACUAUGUCCUUCCAGAUACAAAGACUUUAACUCGUAAACCGCUGAAGAUUGAGAUCUUUAUACAACCGGUUGACGACAACACCCCGCAGAUUAUUAUCAAUCGAGGUGGAACGACACUUGAAAGAAUUCCAGGUGGAUCACUUGGGUUGUGUUUAUGCAAUGAUAUCCUUAAGGCUUACGAUCAGGAUAGCAACAGUUCUCAAGUAAUCUACUUCAUUUCAGACUUUCCCAAUUUUGGAAGACUAGUUAAUUUAGCCUAUGAGAGCAAAACUAUCUUCGAGUUCACCCAAAAGGAUAUUGAUGACAGUUUGAUCCACUUCGUCUUAGAAGAAAAUGAAGUCAAUGCGACCUCAGAUAGGUUUUUCUUUGAUGUCGUUGACUCUGGAAUGAAUGAACUAUCCAACCAAAAAUUUUCCUUCCAUUGGGCGCAUAUAUCGCUCGACCACACUGCUAUUCAAGUUAGUGAACUUGAUCGCUCAGUAACGAUAGGUUUGCUCAGAAACGGAUUUUUGGGCGAGUCAUCUUUUGUUAGCAUUCGAACUGUGGACAAAACAGCAAGAAUCAACGAGGAUUUUGUACCAAAUUCAGCCGACCAAGUUCAAUUUAAUCCUGGUGAGAGGUAUAAAACGUGGACCAUUCUUCUCAUCGACGAUGAUUUGUACGAAAACAAUGAGCAUUUCAUUGUCGAGAUUCAUUCACCAGUAAUGGCAGUGAUAAGUGGGAGAAGAAAAACAAAAAUAACUAUAACUGAUCCUGAAGAUAGAGCAGUGAUCUUCAUGUCCAAACUCAGACAAGAGGUUGAUGAAUUUGCUGGUGUGGCCAAUGUUGCACUUUACCGCAAAGGCGAUACAUCAAAGGAAGAUCAUAUUUGGUGUGUGACCCAAUCAGCUACCGCAGAUGGCACUCACAAAAAUGGAAUUCAAUCCUAUUCUGACUAUAUAAGCAAGUUCAAAGAUAAAACUGGCCUUGUCGUGUUUCAUACGGGUGAACGAGAAAAAAAUUGUUCUGUUCGAUUGAUUGACGACUCGCUUUAUGAAGAUGACGAGGAGUUUUCAGUUUCAAUUUUUCCUCGUUUUCAUUCCUUUAUCGAUCAUAAGUACAACUCGUCAACAGUGGUGAUCAAAGCUGACAAAAAUGAUGAACCUCGGUUUUUCUUUGAAAAAGCGAAAUACGUGAUUGACGAAAGCGCAGAUUUUUGCGAAGUUGCUGUGAAAAGAUUCGGCAGUGAUCUAUCUCAACCAUCGUCCGUAAUUGUUAGAUCAAGAAAAACAAAUCCACUUUCUGCGCAAGCAAAUAAGGACUAUAUUCCGGUGUCAAAAACGUUGUAUUUCCCACCUGGAUCGCAGACGAAAUCUGUGAGGAUCAUGAUACUUGACGAUCUUGGUUUACCUAUUCGGGAAGGUCUAGAAUCAUUUGAAGUUGUUCUUGCUUUGCCCAUCAGCGCACAUACUGCUAUCGACCAUACUGCUGUGAUUAUAAUAAACGACACACACUCGGAUUUGCCUACUAUACAGUUUCAAGAUUCGUCUUACAUAAUUAAUGAAGAAGACCGAAUGCUGACUGCAAUACUUGUGCGUAGCGGUGAUCUGUCAAAACGCUCUGCAAUACGAUGCUAUACAAGACAGGAGACUGCCAGUGCUGGAGUGGAUUAUUAUGAAAGAUCAAACACCGAUGACGACGUAGUAAUAUUUGAAGCAAAUGAGAAGACGCAAGAAUGUGUUGUUGCCAUUAUUGAUGAUUUGUUUUAUGAAGGAACGGAGCAGUUCGGUCUGGUUCUGGGACAAAGCCAGCUACAGCAUGGAUUUGGACAAAGUUUGAUUGGAAAGAGACGAUGGGCUGAAGCUAAAAUCAUUGAUAUCAAUGACCGAUCGGGUAUUGGAUUUUUGAAGAAACGACAUUUCAUCAACGAACCAAAACUAGAAGAUGACGAAAGGUUCGUGCGAUUGAUUGUGGCACGGACUGGGGAUACAUCAAAAACAUCUAAAGUUCGACUAUACACGAAGGAUGGUUCUGCAAAGGCCGAUGAAGAUUUUGCACCUUUAAGUAAAGUUUUGACUUUUGAGAAGAAUGAAACAAUCGUGGAAGUAAAAAUAAAAAUCCUUCAUGAUGAAGAGCGUGAAAUGAGAGAAGCGUUUACUGUUCAUCUUACGAGGGACAAGAACCGCGUGGCUAUAAUUGAUAAUGACAAGACAAUUGUAUACAUCGAGGAAAACCUUCACAGGACUGGUGUGACAUUUCCACUCAUUCCGACUGUGGUAUCUCUGAAAGAUUAUGACGACAUAAGCAAGGCUGAUGCUAAGCCUAUACAGGGUUAUCCUUUGAUAUGUGUUACGGCCUGCGAUCCCAAGCAUCCUCGGUAUUCUGAGACAGGUUCGUUAUGUAGUCGACAGUCUAUCGAUAAUGCAAAGACAUGGUACAACUGGGAGGUUGCCGCAGCGACGGGACCUGAUGGCGUUACGAGUGAUUUUCGAUCUAUUGAUUCUCAAACAUUCUUUGCGAGUACCUCAAUGAUAACAUUGGACAGUAUUUAUUUUGGUGCAGGUAGUCGUGUCCGUUGCACGGCUCGUGCUAUCACAUUUAAAAAUUACAAGGGUAUCGACUCGACCAGUGACCCAAUAACGAUAAGCCACACCAAUGGUCUGUGUUUACCACAAGAAGUUGGUGAUAUCGGAUCCGAGUCAUUCUCUGCUAAAAUCACCUACACUGGUUUGGAAAGUACGUCUUAUCCCAACAUGAUCCGUGUUCGUAUCUUGGUGCCUCACAUCGACGGCCUUCUUCCUGCAGUAUCCACGAAAUCGUUGUCCAACUUUGAGAUCACGUUAACCGCUGAUGCUUCGCGUCGCGGGCAACAUUUAUGCUCGAACCUUCUUGAUACCCAUGAAAUCCAAACAAAAAGUGGAUUCUUGACCGAUCAAGUAACUCAAAUGUCGAUUGCAACAGAACCUUAUCAGUACAGCAGUAAAUUACGUGGAGAAUCAACUCUACGUUUUUAUCGCAAUUUGAAUCUCGAGUCGUGUAUGUGGACGUUUGAGAACUAUUAUACAAUGUCUGAAUUAAUCAACAAAUGUGGUGGCAGGAUAUCAACUGAUGGUCAAGUGCGUGACCUUACGCGUUCCUAUUUGUCCGUACGUGUCCCUCUUUACGUGUCCUAUAUAUAUCAUUCUCCAAGUGCGCUUGGUGGUUGGAUGCAUCUUGAUCAUUCGUCCCAUCUAAAGAUGUCAUUCACUUACAAUACUGCGGUUGUAUGGAAAGACGGCAUUGGUCCACCUGAGGAUUCAGUUCUAAAAGGCUACUUAUAUCCAACAGGUGUUUUGAUCCGUCCACAAGACAAACGACUUGUAGUUAAAUUCAGAACUGUCGCUAGAUUUAGAGGAACGUUUAUUCUAUCGACUGAGGAUCAAAGCAAAAUCUCAAUGGUCAUUUCACCAGAUCAGCCAAACCUCAGCUUUCAAAUGACUUUACUUCGCAGUACACCAACGUACAACUCUCCGGAACAAAUGUGGGAAUUCGUGUCAGAGUUUGCUGUUCGUGAUUACAGUGGAACGUAUUAUGUCAAACUUAUUCCUUGCACUGUUACACAGAACGUGAAAUAUUCUACUCCCCUAACUUGCAAUCCAAGAAUGCCUAUUACGUUUACACUACCAAUCAGAUUUCAGCAGACAAGUGACCCGGAUGAAGUUGAGUUCAGCAUUCAAACUCAAUUCGUGUUGCUCUCUCGACGUGAUAUAUGGUUAUCUAACCAAACAAAUAAAGUGCUGGAGCAAUCCGAUGCAGCGUUUUCAUUGGGCUCAAUGAUCUACGGUCGUAUUAUGGUGGAUCCACAGCAAAGUUUAGGAAGUGCUUAUCGCGUAUCAGUUGAGAAAAUAUUUGUAUGCAGUGGUCUUGAUGGAUAUAUUCCACGGUAUAACCCAGAUAGCAAAGAAUAUGGUUGCCUUGCAGACUCAGAUCGUCUCAGUAAUCGAUUCAAAAUUUUGGACCGUGGGGCUCCAUACAUGAUAACACAAAAGUUUGGUGAUGUUCCCUUUGCCGCACAAUUAGCCGUUGAUGAUGAAAAUGCUCAAAGCUUGGUGAAGCAGCCCAACUCUGACGGUUUUAGCUUUAAUAGUUCUCCGUUAUUUGAAGUUGCUGGCGGUCGUCAAUGGUAUUUACAUGCAAUUUACACAAUCAGAUCAUACGGAAGCUCGAAGAGAGGCAUUGGUAAACGUAGUGCAGUCUCGCAUGAGAUUCAGACUUCAAGAAAACGUGCAAUUCGAAACGUUGCACAGUCCGACCAGGAAUCGUCACACGGACCAGGAUUGUUGCGGUCAAUCAAACUAGUUUACAAUAUCAACGAAGGUCGUGAUAAAGGCGUUUAUGGUUUCGACGGACCUGCCGAGGCUGGAAAUGGUGAUUUUAACAGUUCGUCACGUCUAAAAUGGGUGUUAAUUGUGGUCGUUGCCGUUUGUUUCAUACUUAUAAUUGCUGUUGUUGUUCUUGCCAUGUUGUACAAGCGAAAACGUAGAACAGUGAAUUCUAAGGUUAUUCAACCUGGCCAACAAAUGCAGGGGACUGAAGUCUAGAAAGAUCUUAUUUCUCGAAGUCCCAUGUAAUCGAUUGCACUCAUUUAUGGUUAAUGUGUUGCAAAUUAUGAUAUUCGUGACGACGAGGAAAGUGAGAGAAGAACUUCCGACAAAAUACACGAUGUCCAUUUUUAUUCACUUUAUGGUCAUCGUGGAAAAUGUACAAAAGAUUUUUAAGACAAUUUAACGAUUGAGUGUCGGUAGUUAAUAAAAUUAUGCGAUUUGCAAUUUAGAUUUCUUUAUCCCAAGGGAUGAAAAUUUUUCCAUUUGAGCCUAUUUAUGCUAUGAGAAUACUUAUAUAUUACUCAUUACUAGAGACUACCAUUAGAGGGAAACAGUUGUAAAAUUCUUUAAAUAUUCAAAUAUUUUAGCUUAGUGAGCAUGUCGUAAUUAGCAUACCAACUCUGAAAAUAUAUUUUGUACAAGUGCAUGCAGCAUGACUGACCGUUUCAUUAUUGAUGAAAGGCGUGGCGUGUAGGAGUGUAAAGUGUAGUCACAGUUGAUACGUAAUUUUAUUCAAACGAAGAAAGAGGAAACUAGUCAAACUACUUCAAAUAAUUAUAUUCAGCUAUAUUGUUAUGAACAGCAUCGAUGCUACUGAGUCUAGUAUUAUACGACAUAAUAAACUAAACCUUUAAUUUGUAAGAAUUUUGUAUUUUCAUAAAUUGUUCGAAAACCCAA